AUGGCCUUUAAGAAGCGACGCAUCUUUGACCUUCGCCAGGUUCAAGCUCAACAGCUGGCCAAAUCCGCAGCCCUCGCCCUUAGACACAGUAAUCCUAGUUCCAACCAUUCUGAGAGCCCCAUGAAGACGGCUCUCCACCAGUUCUGGAAAAUUAGGGAGUGGUUCUCCGAGAAUAUGCGCAACUACUGCCAAACUACUUCACUACAUGGAUUCAGUUACAUCACCCGACAGGACAUCAGUCACCAGGAGCGCCUGUUCUGGCUAACGGUCGUCAUCCUGGCCAUCAUCACGUCGAUUGUGCUGGUGGUGGUGUCCUGGUACUGGAGCCAGGAAACGCCAACGGUGACGGUCAUCGAGAGCUCGCACUUCCCCACCUGGAACAUUCCGUUCCCGGCCGUUACCAUCUGCAAUUUCAACAAGAUUUCCAAGACCAAGGCACUAACCUUGCUGGAUCAAAUGCACAUCCCGGUUGGGGUUAAUAAGUCCGAGAUACACAGCCUAUUUAAUUUGACUCUGUUGCCUGUGGACAGCAUGAUUAGCAACAGUUCCUUGCAAAUCUACGACAGGAUAUUGGUCCUGAAUAAUCUUACGUUGCACGGACUCACCCAGCAAUUGUCGCCCGAUUGCAUGGACAUGAUUUCCAGCUGCAUUUGGAAGGGAAUCAACACGAGGUGCGACAGUUUGUUCCAGCGAAUAGAUACUAUGGAAGGGCAGUGCUGCACAUUCAACUACUUUGGCGGGAUCACCAACAAUUUUCCAGAAAAAAUUGCAUAUCAGGUUCCUAAACGUCCCUAUCGAGUGACGGGCUGUGGGUAUCCGACAGGACUCUCGGUUCUGCUCAACCCAAUGGUUUCCGACUAUUAUGGAACUUUCUUCAGUGGCUUUGGAUUUCGGCUGCUCCUCCACGAUGCCUAUAAUUUUCCGGACGAGAACUCCGAAACGAAGGUAGUGACCUCCACGCGGGAGAGCUUUGUGCGCAUCAAUCCGGAGUCCACCUACGCCACUAACGAUAUACGCCGCAUGGAUCUCUCCCUGAGGAACUGCCUCUUUGGAAGCGAGAGGACGAUGCAUGGUCUGAGGCGCUACUCAUUCAUAAACUGCAUGUUCGAGUGCCGGGUCCGGAUGACUUUGGAUCAUUGUGGUUGCAUUCCGCCGUACGUCUACAACAAUGGAAGCCAAAAAGUUUGCGGAGUGCUAGAAGCCAACUGCAUGAUUACAAGUAAACGACUUUUCUCUCAUGCCUUGGCCAAUUUGAAUAUUUCGCUUUCAAUUGUCCGUGAAACUGACAGGUUUCCCUGCGGAUGUUUGCCAGAUUGCCAGUCGAACCACUAUGUUUCGGAGAGCACCAUGGGCAGGUUGGACAUGAGCUACUUUUCCAACCGCCCAACCCUCAGCAAUGCCUCGGACAGGAUACUGCUUCAUGUGUUUUUCAGUGACUUGAUGAGCACCAGAUUUCGCACUGACAUCUUUCAGAAUUGGCUGUCCGCCCUGGCCUCGUUUGGCGGCUUACUGGGCCUAAUUAUGGGCUUCAGCAUAGUGACUGCCUUUGAGUUCCUCUACUUCCUCACCUUUCGACCCAUAUUCAACUACAUCAACAGGGACUAGGCCAGUUCCACUUAACUUGGUUUCUCUGUACAUAAACACGCUUACCCCUGCUGCACUUCUAUUGCACUCCACUUGACACGCUUUAAUUAGAACUUUGAUUGAUGACCAGUGGCACGAUGAGCACUAUAAAUUGUCUGGAUUCGAGCACUCUUUGCCAACACAAUGUCUUUAGGAGUGGAUGAGUCCCUAUAUCGCCGCCUCUUUCGAGAGUUUCUGCGUCAGAGUUACAUCAAUGGACUGCACCCAUUUCUCUACCACUCGCCCGUCCGCCUUGCCAAAGCUAUUUGGCUGGCCUUUCUAACUAGCCUUGUGAUCUACACCCAUUUAGUGAUUGUGAACCUGACCCAGGAGUACCUGGUACAGCCUACGGAGAUCCACCUGUCCCCCGACCUAGUGCAUGUGGCCAACAGCCCCUUUCCGGCCGUGGGCGUGUGCACUGCCAACAAGAUCAGCCAGCGGCGUCUACGGAGCUAUGCAUUGAAAUUGUAAGUGAUUUAUUUUAAUCCA